AUGGAGUCGUUUAAACCUGUUGCUGAGGGUAUUAUGGGAGAUCGAAGUAAACCCCCUCUUCCGGGAAAGGGUUUAGCAAGUCGUGUUCUUAAUAUUGACGGAAAUCCGGUGCUUCCUCGUCGUGGUACUGUUGCUGAACCAAAAAAGAUCAACAUUAUUGAUGAGCUUACUAAGGUUACCACUCCGGUUUCUUUUGAAGUGAAUUGUCAGAGUGGUGAGUCAUCGGGUAUUAAGCAAGUUGGUCAAGAAGGUGUUUUAGGGGAAAAGAUUGAUGGCAGUUUUCCGAAACCCAAAUCUUAUGCAGAUUCCCUUCUUGCAAACAAAUCGGUUAGGCUGAAUUUCAGGUCUCUUGCGUGUGAAAGUGUGCAAGAUGGAUGUGAUGUUGUUCUCCCGAGAGAAUCUGUCCGUUUAGCUCGUGAUAAGAUGGCUAACACCUUGUAUGGCUACUUUCUUGGGGAUCGAGUUGCAUAUCCUGUUGUGGAGUACUUUGUGCGAAAUAAUUGGAAAAAGUAUGGUAUUCUAAAAUCGAUGAUGAAUGAUAAUGGUUUCUUUUUCUUCAAGUUCUCGGAUGAAGCAGGUAUGUCGAAGGUGUUGAAAGAUGGGCCAUGGAUCAUUCGGUCCCAGCCUUUGUUUCUAAAUAUUUGGAGCCCGGCUACUAAGUUGGAAAAAAAAGGUGUGAAAAAUGUGCAGAUAUGGGUGAAAAUCCAUGAUGUCCCGAUUGCUGCCUACACGGAGGAUGGUCUAAGUUUAAUUGCAACUACUAUUGGAGAGCCGAAAGCGUUAGAUUCUUAUACCUCAGCGAUGUGCACGGAUAUGUGGGGCCGUAGUAGCUAUGCGAGAGCAUUGAUAGAGGUGUCGGCUGAUAAGCAAUUAAAGGAGGAAAUUAAGUUAGCCGUCCCUGAUUUGGAAGGUGAGGGGUUUAUAAAGGAAUCGUUGUCGGUUGAAUACGAAUGGAACCCGUUGCGUUGUGCCCAUUGUUGUGUUUUUGGUCAUUCUGAUGAUCAUUGCCCGUUCCAACCUAAGAUACAUAGCAAAGGCCAAAAUGCGUCUAAAAGUGGCAAGAAACCGGUGGUGGAUGACGAGGGGUAUACGGGGGUUUAUGGUAAAAAAGCUGCAAAGAAAACUGGUUUUCCAAUUAACAAGCCGAAGCCAAAGUUUGAAUACCGGCCUGUGGCAGCUAAAAAAAGUCAAGAUACAGGUGGCUCGAGUGCACUGAAGUUCCAAACGUCUAAUCCGUUUGAUAUUUUUAAUGAUCCAAGUAUUGGUGAAGGCGGGGAGACUAGCAAAUCUGGGGAGGCUCGGGUUAAUGUGGAUGAUGAAGACGAUGAGGAGGUGGAGGAGGUGUUCUCGGAGGUUGAUGGUUAUGAUAUGGAUGGAUUUUUGAGGCAGGGUUCGUCGAAUUUUGAGCAUAAAAAAGGGGCAAGCACUCCUUCUUCGCUGGUUAUCAAUGAAUCUCAUGUUGAUCCGUGUAAUCUUUCUAAGAUCUCAAAGUUGGUGUUUCGUUCGUGGCAUUGGUCUUCUAAUGGGGCUCGGUGUAGGAAAGGCACUAGAAUUAUUGUGGGUUGGAAUCCAAGUGUUUUUGAUGUUAUGGUUCUCUCGCAGACAGAUCAGGUUAUGCAUUUGCAAUUAUUUUUUAAACAGGAGAAGAAAAUGAUGUUCUGUACUAUUGUCUAUGCUGCGAACUAUUACGUUUCUCGUAGGGAGUUAUGGAAUCAUCUGUUGUUACAUAAAGUUUUGGUCCGUGACGAUCCGUGGGUCAUGCUUGGUGAUUUUAAUUCUGCAUUGUAUCUGGAGGAUAAAUCCAUGGGUUGUUCUUCAGUCUCGGCUAGCAUGAGGGAGUUUCAGGAAUGUGUAGUUGGGCUCGAGAUGCUAGAUGUGAACCGGUCGGGUCUCCAUUUUACGUGGAGUCAAAAACCGAAGAAAGGUAUUGGCUUAAUGAAAAAAAUUGAUAGAAUCAUGGGUAAUUCGCAGUUUAUUUCUAAGUUCCCGAAUGCGGUGGCUUUAUUUCAUCCGGCUAGGCUAUCGGAUCAUUGCUCGUGUGUUUUGAAAAUUCAAGAUUCGACUAGUCUUAAGCAUAAGCCUUUCAAAUUUGCUAACUUCUUGGUUCAUAAGCCGGACUUUUUAAAUAUUGUUAGCCGGGGGUGGGAGACGAGUAUUAACGGUGUGUUCCAGUUUUCCGUUGUCAAGAAGCUUAAAUCGCUAAAGUCGCCUCUUCGUCACUUAUUGUUUCGGCAAGGUAAUUUACAUAAUAAAGUUCAAGAUUUGAGGAAUAAGUUGGAUGGUAUUCAGCGUAGAAUUGAUGAUGAUCCGGCUUCGGUGGUUCUCCGUGAAGAGGAAGUAAGUAUUCGGCGAGAGUAUCAAGAGGCUCUUUUAGAUGAAGAACGUUUUUUGAAACAAAAAUCCAAAGUGGAAUGGUUGGCAGCGGGUGACAUGAACUCCGCUUUUUUUCAUUCAUCGCUCAAGGAUAGGAUUCAUCAUAGCCGUAUCAGUGUUAUUCAGGAUUCUACUGGUAAAAUUUUUGAGGAUGAUUCGGUCCAUGAAGCAUUUGUUAAGCACUAUGAAAAUUUUUUGGGUGGCACGCAUAGCUCGUCUCUCAUGCCCUCGCCUGAUUUAUUCACGAGGUCGUUGGCUUCGGAUGUUGCUUCUCAUAUGAUCCGUCAGGUUACUCCCGAAGAAGUCAAGAAGGCCAUGUUUUCGAUUGGUUCUGAUAAAGCUCCGGGUCCAGAUGGUUUCACAGCGGGUUUCUUUAAGGGUGCAUGGCCUAUAGUGGGUAGUGAAGUGACUAAGGCUGUCAUUGAUUUUUUUAAUACAGGUAAGCUGUUCCGGGAAUUAAAUCACACGCUCAUCGCUCUUAUUCCCAAGUCCUCCUCUCCGUUGUCGGUUACGGAUUAUCGGCCCAUUGCUUGUUGCAAUGUCGUUUAUAAAUGUAUCAGCAAGAUCGUGGCGGAUAGAAUUAAAGUGGCUCUGGAUGACAUCGUCAGUAUUAACCAAUCGGCUUUUGUUCCGGGUCGAAAAAUCUCGGAUAACAUUCUGCUUACUCAAGAAUUGAUGCAUAAUUAUCAUCGUAAUGUCGGGCCUCCUAAAUGUGCUUUCAAAGUUGAUAUUCAAAAGGCGUAUGAUACGGUCGACUGGAAGUUUCUUGAACACAGCUUGAUUGGUUUUGGUUUUCACCACACUAUGGUUCAUUGGAUUAUGCUAUGUGUUUCCACUACCACCUUUUCUAUUUGUGUUAACGGGGAGGUCCAUGGGUAUUUUAAGGGCAGCCGGGGGUUAAGACAAGGAGAUCCGGUCUCUCCUUACUUAUUCACUCUUGUUAUGGAGGUUCUAACGGCCAUCUUACAUCAUGCGGUAAGGAUUGAUUCAUCCUUCAAAUUUCAUAACAAGUGUGAGAGGCAACAAAUUAUCAAUCUGUGUUUUGCGGACGACCUUUUUAUUUUCUCGAAAGGGGAGAUUGCAUCGGCUAGAUGCAUUAUGCAGUCGCUUGACUCGUUUUCUAAAAUGUCCGGUUUGUUUCCUAGUGUUCAAAAAAGUACAGUCUAUUUUUCUAACGUGCCAUCAUAUGUAAAGACUGCCAUUUUAAACCUUAUGCCUUUUAAGGAAGGAUCUUUACCGGUUAGAUAUUUGGGUGUGCCUCUCAUAUCAUCGCGGCUUCUGUACAAUGAUUGUCAAAUUUUGGUAGAGAAAUUGGAUAAACGGAUCAUGCAUUGGAGGAAUAAGUUACUCUCUUUUGCGGGGAGGCUGCAGCUUAUCAUAUCGGUCUUGUCUUCUCUCCAUAUUUACUGGUCUUCUGUUUUUUUGUUGCCUAACCGGGUUAUUAUUAGUUUGGAGGCCAAGAUGCGCAAUUUUUUAUGGUCCCAAGAUAGUUCGUUCCAGAAAGGUCGGGCUAAAGUCUCUUGGAAGUCGGUGUGUGUUCCUAAGAUCGAGGGCGGGUUGGGUAUUCGUCGCAUAGCUGAUGUUAAUACUGCUCUUAUGACUUCGCAUAUUUGGAGCAUCCUUAUAAACCGUCGAUCCUUGUGGGUAGAAUGGGUUCAUGCGUACAGGUUGAGAGGCAUAAGCUUUUGGGCUUGCAAGGCUCCUUCUUCUUGUUGUUGGUCUUGGAGGAAAUUGCUUCAGCUUCGUUCGGUUGUGAGAAAUUUUAUUUGGUCCGAGAUUGGUAAUGGUGUUACAACUUCUGCUUGGUUCGAUACUUGGAGCGAAUUAGGCCCUCUCGGGCAGUUUAUUUCUCCUCGGCUCAUUGCUAAUGCGGGAUUUGAUUUGUCGUCUAACGUCUCGGAUGUCUAUGCUAAUAAUCUUUGGAGAUGGCCAGAUGCGUGGAGGGAUUUAUUUCCGGUGUUAAAUCAGCUAGAUCGUUUGGUGUUAAAUCCGAAUAAAUCGGAUAAAUUUAUGUGGCGAAUUGGUGAUCAGAUACAUGAUUUUUCUUCGUUUCGUGCUUGGGAUUCGGUGAGGCACAAAGAAGAGCAGGUUAAUUGGUCUAACAUAGUGUGGUUCUCGCAGUGCAUUCCUCGUCAUGCGUUUCUUAUGUGGCUUAUAAUGAAACGGAAGUUGCUUACUCAAGACAAAAUUUUGAGCUGGGAUUUAGCGCGACGAAAGAACAUGAACAUGCUAUGUUGUCUUUUAUGUUAUGCGAACCAUGACUCUCAUGAGCAUCUGUUCUUUGAAUGUGAGUUUUCCUCUCAAGUUUGGUUAAUGGUUCGAAGUAAAGUGGGUAUGGAUAUGAUUUCGGCUAAGUGGAAUGAUAUUGUGGUGUGCUUGCGUGAUCGGGCAAAAUCGAAAUCGGUUAGUGACUUUGUUACAAGACUGUUAGUGGCGGCUAGUGCUUAUUUCAUUUGGCAGGAGCGUAAUGCUAGAUUGUUCAAGAAUCAGAUGCGUCCUCCGGAAGCUGUUCGUGAUAUUAUUAUUCAACAAGUGCGAUAUAAACUUAUGGGGGCAAAGUUGAAGGACUGUGCUAAUGUUCGAAGGGUUCUCGAUGAUUGGGAUAUAAAGGAUGCUGAUAUGCGCUUUGAUGGCGGCUGA